AUGCUGGACAUGAGCGAGGCCCGCGCGCAGCCGCCCUGCAGCCCGGCGGGCACCGGCAGCCCCGCGUCGCGCGUGGAGGACUCGGACUCGGACGCGCCGCCGUCGCCCGCGGGCUCCGAGGGCCGGGGCCGCGCGGCGGGCCGCGGCGAGGCGGCGGCGGCGGCGGCGGACGAGCGGUUCCCCGCCUGCAUCCGCGACGCGGUGUCGCAGGUGCUCAAGGGCUACGACUGGAGCCUGGUGCCCAUGCCCGCGCGCGGCGGCGGCGGCGGCGCGCUCAAGGCCAAGCCGCACGUGAAGCGGCCCAUGAACGCCUUCAUGGUGUGGGCGCAGGCGGCGCGGCGCAAGCUGGCCGACCAGUACCCGCACCUGCACAACGCGGAGCUCAGCAAGACGCUGGGCAAGCUGUGGCGCUUGCUGAGUGAGAGCGAGAAGCGUCCGUUUGUGGAGGAGGCCGAGCGGCUUCGCGUCCAGCACAAGAAAGACCACCCCGACUACAAGUACCAGCCCCGCCGGAGGAAGAGCGUGAAGCCCGGCCGCAGCGACUCCGACUCGGGCCCAGAGCUGGGCCAUCACCCUGGAGGGGUCCUGUACAAGGCCGACUCAGUCCUCAGCGACACCCCCCACCACGGUGACCACACAGGCCACACCCACGGGCCGCCCACCCCACCCACCACCCCUAAGACCGACCUGCACCCCGGGGGCACCGGCGCCAAGCAGGAGCUGAAGCUGGAAGGCCGCCGUCUGGCGGACAGCGGGCGGCAGAACAUCGACUUCAGCAACGUGGACAUCUCGGAGCUCAGCAGCGAGGUCAUCAGCAACAUGGACGCCUUCGACGUCCACGAGUUUGACCAGUACCUGCCACUGAACGGCCACUCCGCCCUCCCCGCGGAGCCCAGCCAGGCCACGGCUGCGGGCGGCUCUUACGGAGGUACCUCCUACCCCGCCUCGGGGCCGGCCAGCGUGGGGGCGUCUCCCGUGUGGGCCCACAAGGGCACCCCGUCGGCCUCGGCGUCGCCCACGGAGGCGGGACCCCCGCGGCCACACAUCAAGAGGGAGCAGCUCAGCCCCAGCCGCUACGGCGACCAGCCGCACGGCUCUCCCGGCCGCGCGGACUACGGCUCCUACGGCACCCAGGCGGGCGCCGCGGCCGCCCCCGCCGCGGCCGCCAGCUCCUUUGCCAGCGCGCAGUGCGACUACACCGACCUGCAGGCCUCCAACUACUACAGCCCGUACCCCGGCUACCCCCCCAGCCUCUACCAGUACCCCUACUUCCACUCCUCCCGCCGGCCCUACGCCUCACCCCUGCUCAAUGGGCUCUCCAUGCCGCCCUCCCACAGCCCCAGCAGCAACUGGGACCAGCCCGUCUACACCACGCUGACCCGGCCCUGAGGCCCCGCCGGACCCCCUGGGGUGCGCGCUGUCCUGGGAGCGCAGCCAGGGCCCCGAGGUCGCCCAGGAGCGUGCACUGUGGAGCGGGAAGACAGCCAGGCUGCCUGAGCUCCGGCAAGUGCCUGCUGAGUCUAUGGGAAACCGGCCUUCGCCCCGGUCCCAGAUGCCCCCUUGCCUUGUGAUCUCCACGCUUCUGCCAGCAGACAGAGCUCGCUUCCUUUUCCUCUUGUUAUUCUCCCCACCUCCGUGUGACUGGUGAUUCCAAAAUGACAGCCAUCCGCUCCUCCUCGCCCCCCUCCGCAAGGCCCCGGAGGUGUCAGUGCAUCUGGGAUUUGCGUCUUCGUAUGUGAAAGAGGACAAAGGGAGGAAGGGGCCCCGAGGUCCCAAGGCUGGGUGGGCUGUGGUCCACACCAGCCCCAGCACCCCUGGGACCGCGGGCCGCUUGCUGCUCCGCAGCAUCAGCCCUUCGGAGGGCUCGUGGGAUGCAUUUGUUCCAGCAUCUCUUGGGACCAGCCGGGAGAUGGAGGUGUUCCUCAUAGUCAGAGUUCUUCCUGGCAAGGUUUGGCUGAGACGAACACGUCUCUCUUUUGUGUGUGUGUGUGUUUGUUUUUGGUAAUUCUUAUUUUUAAAGCUUAAACGUGUUUUGUUUCGAA